UGCUUCAGUUUUCUGCAUGCAGAUACGUGUGUCUUUUGUUAAUGAAUUUGGAGUUGAGGAGGCAGGAAUUGAUGGUGGUGGUAUUUUUAAAGAUGUCAUGGAGAACAUUACACGGGCAGCCUUUGACGUGCAGUAUGGUUUAUUUAAGCAAAUUGCUGACCAUUUGCUCUACCCCAAUCCUGGUUCGGGAAUGAUACAUGAGCAACAUCUCCAGUUUUUCCAUUUCCUCGAAGUUCUUUUGGCAAAGGUCAUGUUUGAAGGAACUCUUGUUGAUAUACUUUUUGCAACAUUCUUCUUGAGCAAGUUAAAAUAGAAGUAAGGUUUUUAAAGAUUUACUGUCUUACUGUUUUGUAUUUUGUGCUGAUCCACUAAUCGUAGUAUUCAUGGUCAUGACAAUGACUAGUUGCAAGUUACUUGAAUUUUUAGGGUUCUAAAAAUCUUACAUUUUAUUAUGGGUGCACUGCCUACUAAUGAGAUUGUCAAUUGCUAACUUCCAAAUGUUGAAUUUGGGAUUUCCAUGCUACAUUCACUUUCUUGAUCUGCAAUUACAGAGCUACUCUAUACUGGAAUAAAGUCUCAUCUGAACUGUA